AUGAUCGUUGCAACCCAGACGGGCCACUUCUCUGAUGAGUGGUUCCACGCUGUUGAGCCCGAGGCGCCGGGAGAUUCCUUCUACUUCUCUUCACACGUUGGACAUAGCUCGACACCCUGCCACGCUUUCCUUCCGUCCAUCGCGUUUCCUUGGCUUCUCUCCGGGAUUCAACGCUCAGUCGACAAUUCGCCCACCGCCCACGACCUCGCAUCACCACACUCGCAAAUCAUGCAGCACCAUGCACCCUAUGGAUAUCCCACGCCUCCCGCCUCGCCUGCUCACGACCAGGUCAAGUGCGGCAUCCAGUCGACCUAUGCUACGAGGCACUUCCAGGCACCCUGUGUCCCUCCCACUCCCGAGGAGAGACUAGGUAAGGUGCUCCAGGGAAAGCUCCAGCUCACCGACAUCCUUGGCACCGGCGCCUACGGCGUCGUGUACGCCGCCGUCGACGUCAAGAAUGGCGUACGCUAUGCCGUCAAGUGCCUCAGCAAGUUCAAUGCCGACGGAUCGCCGCUGGAUCGCCGCCAGGCUUCCUACCAGCAACGGGAGAUCAAGCUCCACUAUAUGGCCUCUGCCCACCCCAACGUCGUCUCCAUGCUCAAGAUUGUGGAUGAGCCGGACUGCAUUUACGUCAUUCUUGAGUACUGCCCCGAGGGUGACCUGUUCUUGAACAUCACCGAGCUCGGCCAGUACGUUGGCAAGGACCUUUUGUCCAAGAAGAUCUUCCUUCAAAUCCUGGAUGCCGUCGAAUACUGCCACAAGCUUGGCAUCUAUCAUCGGGACCUGAAGCCGGAGAACAUUCUGGUGACGGAUCAAGGGGAGACGGUCAAGCUUGCCGACUUUGGCCUUGCCACGGCUGAUGACCGAUCCGAAGACUACGGAUGCGGCUCCACCUUCUACAUGAGCCCAGAAUGCCUGGACCCCUCGACGAGGAAGCCGUACUACAUGUGCGCCCCGAACGACGUCUGGUCGCUCGGCGUCAUCCUCGUCAACCUGACGUGUGGACGCAAUCCGUGGAAGCAGGCUUCCCUUCAAGACUCGACCUACCGAGCGUACGCUCGCUCCAGGGACUUUCUCAAAACCAUCCUCCCGCUGACGGAUGAAUUCAACGACAUCCUGGCACGCAUCUUCAACCCUUGUCCUGAGUACAGGAUCACCCUCUCGGAGCUCCGGAGCCGGAUCACGGGUUGCCACCAAUUUACCGUUCCUGCCCCGGCGCCGACGUCCAUGCCGACGCCGCCCUCCACCCCAUCCCACUCUGCACUAUACGUUAACGAGGAGGCCAUCAUUGACGACUCCGAGUACGACUCGCCCCUCUCGCCCAUCUCCACCACAUCCAAUGAAGGCUCGCUUUCGCCGAGCGCAUCGACGAUUGACGACCUGGACGACGACGACUUCUUCCAGGAGCAGCAAGAUGUGUCUCGCGAGUUCAUCCCCCAAACAUACGACUCUGAAGCGCCGGGAGAUCUACCGGCCUUUCAUACCCCAGAGUCCAUUCCGCAGCACUACACGGGCCCCGUGCCGGUACUCAACGCUUCGCUGCAGGUGCCGCCGCUACUACCUGUAUCCUGCCAUCAGGCACCUAUUUCUGCCCACGCCCAGUACCCACCCAGAUCAAUGUUCCCCUUGUGGGAAGUGGUCAAAUACGUUCAGCAGGCACCCAUGAUGCAUCACCCUGCUGCAUUCCAUCAGCAGGUUCCCUUUCUGCCUUCGUUCCAAGGCUGCUACUGA